CCAUGCAAUUUCUGUCAAUUGAGGACGAUAUCACGUCACUGAAUUCAUCCCUUCAAGCUCAAGACAAGAAAACGACGCAACACUUCAAGUCAAUGAAGCAACAUUCUGUUGAGCAGAUUGCAUUAAUCAAUGCUACUCUGCAGGAGGAAAGACAGAAGUGCGGUAUUGUAUCCUGGAAGACAUUUACAAUGGAGACGUCUGGUAGUAGUGCUAGAAACCCGUUCAGUGGAGUCGUGUUCAACAAGACUAGACCUGACACUGUUAUCAGAGUGGUGUACACAACCUCUAUUGGAUUUUAUCAUCCGACCAAUAACUGGCAUUGUGUGAAGGUGUCAGUGCGUAUCAACGGCAGAGACUGUUCAGACCCAGCCCCUAUCAGAAGUGGAAGCUCUAGUACUUCAGAACGCCAUCAAAUGCAUGCUGGUGUUGUGAGUGGUAUAUGUCAUAUCAACAAUUCAGGUCCACUGUCCUUCUCUACACACAUACAGACACAAUGCACUACAUCCACUUCUUACCUGGGUUAUUACCCGGAUUCAGGUACCCUCACAUCCACUCUGCAUAUCGAAGAACUUUGCAAUAAUCAACAGAAGUAGAGGUUUGCCUCCCCCC